CUCUUUUCCUCUGCAAUAUUGACAGAUCCAUGUAAUAAACUGUGAUUGAUGAUAGUUCAUACUGAUUACCUAUUCUAUCAAAUCAAUGCAAUUUUUUGGUUAACUGCUGAUCCUGUCUAUCCUGACUCAACACAUAACUCUUCCAUGUGCUUAUUCAAUCUAGAGCUUCACAAGAACCAGACGGCCCUCAAAUAAAUAUGUCAGCGAAGAUCUCCAAGCCUACGGUGCUCCUUCUAGGGACGUGCGAUACAAAACUAGAAGAACUCCUUUUCGUGAAAAAGGAAAUUGAGCGCACCAAAGCUUGUUCUGUACUUCUUAUGGAUCUGGGUAGGGUUUCGAGUACUCAUCCAGCAGUGGAUAUCGGCCACGCAAGUCUUCUAGAACAUGCAUCCCUUCCAACGUCUCAAGAUCCAAAUACCUACUUCGCAACACUCGCAAAGGGAGAUUAUAUACAAACUCUAACUGCAUUUGCGAUCACCACUACCACGGAUCUGGUCCAAUCCACCAAGAUCCAAGGAAUUAUCGGCAUCGGCGGGUCUAGUGGGACUGCCAUAGCUGCAGCAGUAAUGCGCGAGGCAGUCCCAAUAGGAUUUCCCAAGUUGAUGGUGUCAACCAUGGCCAGCGGAAACGUGAAGCCUUUCAUUGAAGAGACAGAUAUCACUCUAAUGUACAGCGUCGUUGACAUUGCGGGAACAAACACAAUCUUGAACCGCAUCUUAUCAAAUGCAGCCGCUGCAAUCGUGGGUAUGACCUGUUCCCAUGCAGAGCAUCUCAGAUGGGAGUCAAUUCAACCGGCCAAGAAACGCGUGGCCGUGACCAUGUUUGGCGUCACUACGCCUUGUGUCGACAAGAUCCGCGAGCACCUGGAACAGAAUCACGGAUACGAGGUUUACGUAUUUCACGCAACCGGUUCUGGAGGCAAGGCUAUGGAGCGAUUGAUCUAUGAAGGACAACUCGACGCAGUCAUUGACCUGACCACAACCGAGAUAGCAGACGAGCUAGUUGGUGGCGUCCUAACUGCAGGUCCGAAUCGCCUCGAAGCUGCAGCAAGGGCUGGAAUCCCUCAAAUUAUCAGCGUUGGAGCCUGCGACAUGGUCAAUUUCGGUCCGAAGGAUACCGUCCCAGAAAAGUUUACAGGCCGCCUACUAUAUGAGCAUAACCCGGCGGUGACGCUCAUGAGGACCAGUCCAGAGGAGUGCCAGAUGAUCGGGCAGGAUAUCGCGCAGAAAUUGCGUACCCAUAGCACGAAUCCAGAGGUCGUACGCGUGGUAUUACCAGAAAGAGGUAUCAGUAUGAUAUCGACGGAAGGUCAGUCUUUCCAUGAUAGCGAGGCUGAUUCUAGUUUGUUUUCCACAUUGAAGCAGGGACUCUCAGAGACUGAGAUCAAGGUGGAUGGAGUGUCUUUGGACAUUAAUGAUCCGGAAUUUGCGGACCCUGGGGGCUUAUGGAGGGGCAGUCUGACAGCGCCCAAGAUCGACAACAAUAAUAACAAUGUACUUUCCCCUCAUCAGUCAAUUCAAGCAGUCAAAAUGGCCGCUCCCGCCCACAAGUUCAAGGUCGCCGAUAUUUCGCUGGCUGCCUUUGGCCGCCGCGAGAUCGAGCUCUCCGAGAUUGAGAUGCCCGGUCUCAUGUCGAUCCGUGAGCGAUACGCCGCCGACCAGCCCCUGAAGGGUGCCCGUAUCGCUGGUUGUCUGCACAUGACCAUCCAGACUGCUGUCCUGAUUGAGACCCUGGUUGCCCUUGGUGCUGAGGUCACCUGGUCCAGCUGCAACAUCUUCUCCACCCAGGACCACGCCGCGGCUGCCAUUGCUGCUGCUGGUGUCCCUGUCUUCGCCUGGAAGGGUGAGACCGAGGAGGAGUACAACUGGUGUCUGGAGCAGCAGCUCCACGCCUUCAAGGAUGGAAAGAAGCUCAACCUCAUCCUGGAUGACGGUGGUGACCUGACCUCCCUCGUCCACAACAAGUACCCCGAGAUGCUGAAGGACUGCUACGGUGUCUCCGAGGAGACCACCACUGGUGUCCACCACCUCUACCGUAUGCUCAAGGAGGGCAAGCUCCUGGUCCCUGCCAUCAACGUCAACGACUCUGUCACCAAGUCCAAGUUCGACAACUUGUACGGAUGCCGUGAGUCUCUCAUCGACGGUAUCAAGCGUGCCACCGAUGUCAUGAUCGCCGGUAAGGUCGCUGUCGUCGCUGGUUACGGUGAUGUCGGCAAGGGCUGCGCCCAGGCUCUGCACAGCAUGGGUGCUCGCGUCAUUGUCACCGAGAUCGACCCCAUCAACGCUCUUCAGGCUGCCGUCUCCGGCUUCCAGGUCACCACCAUGGAGGAGGCUGCUCCUCUUGGUCAGAUCUUCGUCACCACCACUGGUUGCCGUGACAUCCUCGUUGCCAAGCACUUCGAGGUCAUGAAGAACGACGCUAUCGUUUGCAACAUUGGUCACUUCGACAUUGAGAUCGACGUUGCUUGGUUGAAGGCCAACGCCAAGUCCGUCCAGAACAUCAAGCCCCAGGUCGACCGUUUCCUCAUGCCCAAUGGCCGUCACAUCAUCCUCCUGGCUGAGGGUCGUCUGGUCAACCUUGGCUGUGCCACUGGCCACUCUUCCUUCGUCAUGUCCUGCUCCUUCUCCAACCAGGUCCUGGCUCAGAUCGCUCUCUUCAAGGCCGAGGAUGCUGCCUUUGGUAAGAAGUACAUCGAGUUCGGUGCCAGCGGCAAGAAGCCCGUCGGUGUCUACGUCCUGCCCAAGAUCCUCGACGAGCAGGUUGCCUUCCUGCACUUGGCGCACGUCAACGCCAAGCUCUCCAAGCUUACCCCCGUCCAGGCCGAGUACCUCGGUAUUCCUGCUGAGGGUCCUUUCAAGGCCGAGAUGUAUGUGAUUGAUUUAUUCCCAUUGUUUUACUUCACCCUCUUUACUGACUCUCUUCUAGCUACCGCUACUAAGCUAUUUCGGAGGAAAAGAGAUUUCUUUCGCGUCCUGUGGGCGUCGCAUGACAUAUAGACUUUUCAACAUGAGACUACGAUGUUAUGACUAACAUUAAUUGGGUUCUGUAUCAACUACACAGAACCAAAAAGAUUUGUCCUUCAACGGCAAAAGAAAAAAGUGAUAUCUAGGGGUUUUACAUUUGGUUGUCCAUCAUCAGGAAUUUGGGCGCAGGUGCAUUACUAUUUUACUCUUUCCGCAUUCAACAAUUGUCCACGCUGGAUGUGCUCCGUGUACCUAUACCCUCUGCGAGACACGGGGAAGGUGCAUUCGAUAGAGGCCUAUGGCCGAAGAUUCAACAAAGCGCUGCUUUCGUCAGUAGACAGACGAAAGAUACUAAGAUACCAUAACUAAAUAUAUUGCGUUAGAAGCGCGGAAGACUCUUUUUACGGAU